AUGAAGGGCUACCUGGACCAGGAGGUGCCAUUCACAUUCCCGCAGCCGCCGGGCCACGCGGCUACCGGCCGUCGAGCUCAGCCGGGAGCUCGGAGGAGACCCGCGGCCCCGGGCCUGGCGCCGGCGCAGGAAUCGGAAGACCUCUUCCAGGAUCUGAGCCAGUUCCAGGAGACUUGGCUGACAGAAGCUCAGGUUCCAGACAGCGAUGAGCAAUUCGUGCCCGACUUUCAUUCAGAGAACUUAGCUUUCCACAGUCCUCCUGCUAACGUUAAGAAGGAGCCCCAAAGUCCCUCCUUGGACCCCACGCUGUCCUGCAGCCACAAGCAGCCGUUCCAGUACCGCAAUGGCGAGCAGUGCCUUUACACCAGUGCCUAUGACCAGAGCAGACAAGCUGGAAUCAAGUCCCCCAACCCGGGAACGCUGCUACAGUCACCGCUCCAGCACUUCCCCAGGCAGGACAGGAGCUUCCUGAACCCUGCGGGGCCCCACUCCACCUCCAGCUGUGGAUACCUCAUGGAAACCAGCUCUGCCUACCAGCCCGCCGGGGAGCUGUGCCGCUCCUUGCCCUCCUCGCAAGGCCUGGCCCAAGAGGCUGCCUACCAGCGCCAGGAGCUGCAGUACCCACCUCAGGGCUUCAAGCAGGAGUACCACGACCCGCGGUACGAGCAAGCRGGCCAGCAGCGGGGCGGCCGGCAGUACCCGGCAGCCGUGGUGGUCAAGCAGGAGCAGGCGGACUACGCGUACGACUCAGGCUACAGCUAUGACAAGCAGAUGAGGUCCUUCGCUGACGAUGUCUGUGUUGUUCCAGAGAAAUUUGAAGCAGGAGACAUCAAGCAGGAAGCUGGAGGGUACCGUGAAGGACCACCCUACCAUCGGCGGGGAUCGCUUCAGCUCUGGCAGUUCCUUGUGGCUUUGUUGGAUGAUCCAACGAAUUCCCACUUCAUUGCCUGGACGGGCAGAGGGAUGGAGUUCAAGCUCAUUGAGCCAGAAGAGGUAGCCAGGCUGUGGGGCAUCCAGAAGAACCGUCCAGCCAUGAACUACGACAAGCUGAGUCGCUCUCUUCGCUACUAUUACGAAAAGGGCAUCAUGCAGAAGGUAGCCGGCGAGCGCUACGUGUACAAGUUCGUGUGCGAGCCCGAAGCCCUCUUCUCCCUGGCCUUUCCCGACAAUCAGCGGCCGGCCCUGAAGGCGGAUUUUGACCGGCACAUCAGCGAGGAGGACACGGUGCCCCUUUCUCACCUGGAUGACARUGUGCCUUACCUGCCGGACCUUGGGGGUCUUGCCCCGCAGCUCUACAGCAAAGGCUGUGCCUACUAG